AUAAUCGUAUCAAUUAUAAUUGGUACUUUAAUUAAAUGUUAAAAUUACAAUGAAAAAAAAUCUAAGAAAAUAUUACAAUUAACUUCACAAAUUACUUUAGUUGCAUCAAAUAUAACAUUUUUAAAACAUUGCCGUCUGUUUAGGCAGUGAAUAGCACACCAAUAUACAUACAGAUCACUUAAUUCAGUUAAUUCAGUUAAAUUAAUGAUAUUGAAAAAUAAAAUGCUUUAGAUGUCUAAAACGACAGCAGACGUAGGUAACUGUGUAUUCAUGUUUAAAAUAUUUUUUAUUUCAUUUUUCUCGACGCUUCACAACUUUUCACAAAGAAUCCAAAAUCAAUAAACGAGUUUCGUCACCUGCUACUUCAUWUACCUAYGAUGACGAUACCAAAUUAUAUUAUACGUAUUAUACAGAUACAGUGUAGCCAGAUCUGAUGAUAUGACAAUUAUAUUUAUUUUGUUGACAGUUGAGUUCAGGAGCAAAGUGGCGUGUGAAAACGAAGUGGUCAACUUGCAGUGCAAUCUGAAUUCCCGACUAGCCAUGUUCUCGGCGAGUUACGGCCGGACAGAGUACGAGAGUAUCCAGUGUCCGCAACCACAAGGCGUUCCGGAAGAGACGUGUCUGGUGAGUUAUGCGACGGAGACCGUGAUGACUGUGUGCCACGGCAAGAGAAAUUGUAGACUAGCGGCGGAUGCGGCGACGUUCGGCAACCCUUGCAAACCAGCCUCCAGGAUGUACUUGAAAGUCGUGUACAACUGCGGUGAGUAUCAGAAGCUAUAACACAUUCCCRUGGAAAUAUUGUUCAUUAUAACGCAGUAAACCGGCAAUAGAGAUACCUGUAAGGGAGAUCCCUGAAGGCAUAUACAAAUAAAAAACAAAUUUACAUUUCUUAUCGUCGUGGGUUACCGUGCUUACGCCGCGUAUUUUCCAAUCAUCGUACAACCUGCGAAUGGGAAACCUAUAGCUAUUGUAGGAAUAUAUUCCAGUCGGAUAUAAUAAUAUAUGCGUGGUCAUAGAUAUCAUAAUAUUAUAUUACGGAGGAACUAAUAUUAGGUAUGGAUACUAAUAUAUUAUGUGUAGGAUGUAUAUAAAGUACCAGCAUUGAAUGCUGAUAUCUCUUCAAUCCAUUUCAGCAAAUAAGCAUAAUAUGCACUCAAUGGUGCUAGCCUAGUAGUCUGUGGAUCGAAAAUAAACGUGCACACUGUUUAGUGACCAUCCAGUCAUCUAGAACUGGUAGAUGACUCUACUGGAUAUCGUCCGAAUCGUUGAAGUUCGAUAUUAGGUAAUUCUUCAAAUAGAAAAUACGAAAUUGGUUCACAAUAAAAAAAAAAA